CUUUGGCAGUGGACUUUUAGGACACAGGAUUAUCUGAACAUCCUGCUAGAACACGAGGCACCACCUCCAAACCGGGUUUGCUGCUUGUGCGAUGGAGAUGGAACACAGAAGUGCCAGGACUGUCUAGCUGAGCCCAUAUUUUGCACGAGGUGCUGCCGGACUCAGCAUUCCUUGCUGCCUUUCCACCAGAUAAGUCAAUGGAACGGCGAUUUCUUUGAAGAGACAACUCUCACCAAGUUAGGGGUGGAGAUUCACCUUGGCCACAGAGGACAACCUUGCCCCCACCACUGCAUUGGGGCUCCGGACAGGGGCAAUGAUUUAUCUGAUGUAUUUAUCAAGUCCGGAUCUCGGACUGUCUGGCCAGAACCCCCGGAAGCAAACAUACCCACACCGGGCAGAUGUCAGAUGACAGUUGUCGACACCUCGGGAAUCCACGUCAUGUCAAUUUGUUUUUGCCAAUGCUCUGAUGCACUCACAGCGGACAAGCAGUUGUUUGAGAUGGGCCUAUUUCCGGCAUCGUUCACCUGCCCAAAGACAGCCUUCACUUUUGCAUUGCUGGACGAUUUUAUUCGGGACAACCUGGAAUGCAGCACUUCCUGUAUGAACUAUUACAGCAAACUCAGGCAAAUCACAUCCAGCAUGUUCCCUCAUUUAGUGCCAGUAAAGGAGUUACUCAGAGUAGCCAGGCAGUGGCACCAGCUGAAGCUAUUGAAGUGGAAUGGAUUUGGCCAUGAGCAGAGGGACCUGAAUGAUGGCAAGCUGGCAUUGUUCUGCCCGGCAUGUCCACAGCCAGGGAUAAACAUAACUUUGCCUAAUGAAGAAAACACUACAACGCAGUGGCUAUACUCCUGUUCCCUGGUGAUGGAUGGAAAUUUUAAAGCCGAGCAUCUGCACCCAACCCACCCGGAAGAUGAGGUCUGGUUGACUGACAGAAAAGGCUACAUGGCGGCGAGAGCCAGAUACCGGGCCCAUCUGGCGAUCACCGAAGAUUCGACCCAGCGGUCGGAAUGCAACAACCAUAGGGCGGUAAACCAGGCAAACACAUCUCGGCACAAAUUAGAAGCUACCGGAAUCGGUGGGUGCGCAUGUGCCCACCAUGGUUGCUUUGUGCCCAAUUCAAUGGUGGAUUUCCAAAAAGGGGAGAGUAGACAAAUGAACAUGGACUACACUUUGUGCAACGCACUGGCUCACAAUACCAAUGGACUCGGCCGAGCAUUGACAUUCUACGAUGUCAACUGUCAGUACAACAAGCAUUUAAUUCGGGUAGAAGAUAGCACUCAUUUGUCCAUUCCUUCCGGAAUGGCAAUAAUUCCGGGUAUAGGCCUGUGGCACGUUCACGGGCAUCAAGACAAAUGUUUUGUCCGGUACGCAUCAAACUUUAUUCCUGGGGCCGGAUGA